CCUAAAGCUCAUUUGUUGUGAGUACUAAUCAUACCCUCUCCAGUCUCCCCUCCUCUAGAACCAGAACCAAAUUCAAUGGCAGAAGAGCUUCAACCGAAAACAACUCUGGGCAAAAGCUUUCCAGUAAAACCUAAAUUGAAACCCAAAGCCAGAACCCUUUCUCAAACCCCGGAAUCAAAAUACUGGUCCUCCUUCAAAACCCAACAAAUCCAGAACCUCAUCUCCUCCAUUAAUUCUAUUUCUUUCUCUCAAAUCCCACCUCACCUCUUUGCCGCCGCUCAUUCUGCUUCUCUCACUCUCUUCUCCUCCCAAACCCUCUCUCAACACUCCGUUAUUUCCUCCUUCAAAGACGUCGUUUCCUGCUCUUCGUUUCGCUCCGAUGGCGCCCUCCUUGCCGCCUCUGAUCUCUCCGGACUCAUUCAAGUAUUUGACGUCAAAACGCGGACCCCACUUCGUCGCUUGAGGUCUCAUUCUCGUCCGGUACAUUUUGUUCAGUACCCAUUUCUUGAUAAGUUACAUGUUGUGUCGGGUGGUGAUGAUGGUAUAGUUAAGUACUGGGAUGUUUCUAGUGAGAAUGUGGUUUUGGAUUUGUUUGGACACAAGGAUUACGUUAGAUGCGGAGAUUGUUCUCCUGUGAAUGCUGAGAUGUUCGUUACGGGUUCUUAUGAUCAUACUGUAAAAUUGUGGGAUGUGAGAGUUGAGAAUUCGAAGUCAGUGAUGGAAGUCAAUCAUGGGAAACCAAUAGAGGAUGUAAUGUUUUUACCUUCAGGUGGAUUGGCGGCGACUGCGGGUGGGAACAGUGUGAAGAUUUGGGAUUUGAUUGGAGGAGGGAAGUUGUUGUAUUCCAUGGAAAGUCAUAAUAAGACUGUUACCUCCGUUUGUUUGGGGAGAUUUGGGAAUGAAAGUGGAGAGGAGGCAAUGCAGUAUAGGAUUUUAAGUGUGGCUUUAGAUGGGUAUAUGAAGGUAUUUGAUUAUGUUAAUAUGAAGGUUACUCAUUCUAUGAGGUUUCCAGCUCCUCUUAUGUCUGUUGCUUUUUCACCUGAUGGUAUGACUAGAGUUAUCGGGACAUCAAAUGGGAGCAUAUUUGCUGGUAGGAAGAAGAGGGAAAAUGUGGAGAGUGGAUUAGUGAAUUUUUGGAGUCUAGGGAGAGUAGAGGAGCCUCAAAAGAGGUUGUUGAGGCCUACUUAUUUUAGGUAUUUUCAGAGAGGGCAGAUUGAGAAGCCAAGUGAAAGUGAUUUUUUGGUUGUGAGACCAAAGAAGUUGAAAUUGGGAGAGCAUGAUAAGUUGUUGAAGAAGUUUAGGCAUAAGGAAGCGUUGGUGUGUGUGUUAAGUGGUAAGAAUCCAGAAAAUGUCGUGGCUGUAAUGGAGGAGUUGGUGGCUAGGAGGAAGUUAUUGAAAUGUGUUUCAAAUUUGGAUAAUGAAGAGCUUGGGUUGCUUUUGAGUUUCUUGCAGAAGCACUCCACAAUUCCAAGAUACUCAGGGUUGUUGAUGGGGUUAAUGAAGAAGGUUCUUGAAAUGCGGGCUGAAGAUAUUAAAGCUUCUGAUAUAUUGAAGAGUCAUAUUAGAAAUUUGAAGCGUUCGGUGGAAGAAGAGAUAAGGAUACAACAGUCAUUGCAAGAGAUACAGGGUAUAAUAUCCCCUUUAUUGAGAAUUGCUGGAAGAAAAUGAAUUAAUAGCUUUUUUUUUCUUAUUUAUCAGGUACUUUUCUUAUUUUUUUUAACGAGCUCUGCAUGAUAGAUGAAAGUUUUGCAAUUUUGUUUAAUCAGAAAGAAAUGUAUGUUUUCAGAUUGGUUAUUUUAAA